GCAAAAGCAAUGCCCAGAUUCUUUGAGCUCAUGAAUGAAGAGGAUUUUAACCUUUUUUUAAAUACAAUUUCCGAUGGAGAAUUUAAGAAAUUUUCUAUGCCUAAUGACACAGAUGAUGCCGUUAUAAAUUUUGAAGAAGGCCUAAAUUAUUAUCUUAAUUAA